CACAGACAGAGACACACAGACAGACGCUCGUCCCCAGACUCUACAGAACACAGCCCUAUCUGACUGAGAGACAUGUCCUCCUCCUCUCUCCUGUGGUGCCUGCUGGUGGUGUGUGUUCUGACUGUGGUCCAGAUCUAUGCAGCAGAGGAACCUAAAGUCCUCAAGGUGUUCAACCUCAGAGCCAGCGACCUGAACAGCGGCUUGUUCCAGACCCCUGAUGCCUACGUCAAGGUGUUCAGAGGCGCCGGCUACGGUGGGAAAACAGAGGUAAAGACCGACAACCAUGACCCCUGGUGGAAGGAGGACUUCAACUUCUUCAAUGUCCGUGAGAACGACCCGCUGAGGCUGGAGGUGUACGACUCCGACGUGCUCUUCGACGACCUGCUGGGGACCUGUGAGCGCUCCGUCAAGAACGGAACUUGGCAACAUAGCUGCACCAUCAAGAGGGGAGGGACGCUGUAUUACUCCUACACCCUUGAGCCCCUACAGUAGACCCUGUACUACUCCUACACCCUAGAGCCCCUACAGUAGACCCUGUACUACUCCUACACCCUAGAGCCUCUACAGUAGACCCUGCACUACUCCUACACCCUAGAGCCCCUACAGUAGACCCUGUACUACUACUACACCCUGAUCCCCUACAGUAGACCCUGUACUACUCCUACACCCUAGAUCCCCUACAGUAGACCCUGUACUACUCCUACACCCUAGAGCCUCUACAGUAGACCCUGUAUUACUCCUACACCCCAAGCCUAGAGUAAUGUCCCACCUCUCAUCCACAACAAUCUGUCAAAACUCUGACCUCACUCUGAUUCCAAACACCCUCUACACCAGCGUUUCCCAAUCCCGGUCCUGGGCACUAACACACCUGAUUCAACUAAAGGCUUGAUGAUGAGUUGAAUCAAGUGUGUUAGCGGAAUGCUAGGGCAAAACCCAAAAUGUGCUCCUCUUUGAGUCCCCAGACAUAGCUCUAAACUGUGUUCUGAAUCACAACAGACACAUGUACCUAGUUUCCCCCUCCUCCUCACUCUGAUCUCAUGGUCCUCCCUUUAGACCUCAAUAAAACAAAUGUAUUUCAGUAUAAUGCUCUCAAUUUGGUUCUUUCUUUUAUCACCAUGUGAGUGUUUAGGUUUUCUCCUGAUAUUUGUCUGACUCCUGCAGGAAUUUGUGCCUCUGUGAAGGAAUCCUGCAGGACUAAUGUUGAUAACUGUCCGACGUUUUGCCUACGCCUCUGUACGACUCCUGUUUGUAUUGUACUGCAGGAAUUUCUAAAAUCCUACAGAUCCUGCAUAUUUAAAAAAAAAUAUUCCUGCAGGACAAGGUAAAUUCCCGCAGGAUUAAUUUAUUCCUGCAGGGCAAGGCAAAUUCAUGCAGUGGUUUUGAUAAACCUGUAUAAUGUCAAAUGUUUAUCAACAUCAUUCCUUUUUUUUUUCAAAAGCAUGUUUGACUCAUUGUGUCCACAUACACACACACACACACACACAAACUGUACACUGAACAUUUUUAAGGCGCUUGACACCUUGGGUUGAUGACGACAACA